CGCGUCUUGUGGGUUACCACUAUAUAUAACUCUCCCUUUCUUUCCCUAUAUUAGCAGGUGCAGAAAAUUUUAUCACCCACUAAUUUCUCUGCAUCUGUACAAAUCUUCUCUCUUUUCCCUAAUCCAAAACCGAGGAAAUAAAAUUUUACUUGUUUGAAAACAAAUCAGGAUCAAGAAUAUGCCUUCAUUGGAGGAGGAGCUAUUCCCGUCGACGCCUGGCAAGUUCAAGAUAGACCGUCCACACACCAUGAACCGCCAUUUACAUCGUUGUUUUGCCUCUACCAGCAACAUGUUCUUAUGGGCUCUUUUCUUGAUUGCUUUGACCGCUUCCUACUUGAGUUUCCAGAGUUUCAUCGAUUCCGGUAGCAAGUACUUGUCUUCUUCUUGGGGCGGUAUUCAAUGGGAGAAACAAGUCCGGAAUUCUGCCCAGAUCCAACGCUCCGGGGGCUUAUCCGUUCUCGUCACUGGAGCUGCUGGUUUCGUUGGUACCCAUGUGUCCUUAGCGCUCAAGAAACGCGGAGACGGAGUCGUUGGAUUCGAUAAUUUUAACAAUUAUUAUGAUCCGACGUUGAAGAGAGCCCGCAAAUCUCUCCUUAACAAACACGGCAUUAUCAUCGUCGAAGGUGAUGUCAAUGACGCGCGGCUCUUAGCCAAGCUGUUUGACGUGGUGGCUUUCACUCACGUGAUGCACUUGGCGGCUCAAGCCGGAGUCAGAUACGCCAUGGAGAAUCCUCACUCAUAUGUCCAUUCCAAUAUAGCUGGCUUGGUCACGCUUCUUGAGAUUUGCAAAUCGGCUAAUCCCCAGCCGGCUAUUGUUUGGGCAUCGUCUAGCUCAGUGUACGGCUUGAACGAAAAAGUUCCUUUCUCUGAAUAUGAUCAAACGGACCAACCGGCGAGUCUCUACGCGGCUACAAAAAAGGCAGGUGAGGAAAUCACCCACGCUUAUAGCAACAUUUACGGCCUCUCAAUUACUGGGUUGAGAUUUUUCACUGUUUAUGGUCCUUGGGGGAGACCCGACAUGGCUUAUUUCUCGUUCACGAGAAAUAUUUUGCAAGGAAAGCCCAUCACGAUAUAUCGGGGCAAAAACCGGGUGGACUUGGCCCGUGAUUUUACCUUCAUCGAUGAUAUAGUUAAAGGUUGCGUGGGCUCUUUGGACACUGCGAGAAAGAGCACCGGGUCUGGCGGUAAAAAGCUAGGACCCGCACAAUAUCGGAUCUUCAAUUUGGGGAAUACGUCACCGGUUACGGUACCGACACUGGUGAGCAUAUUGGAGAAGCACUUGAAGAUGAAAGCAAAGAGGAAAAUUGUGGAUAUGCCUGGAAACGGUGACGUACCAUUCACGCACGCGAAUAUUAGCUUAGCCCGAAGAGAACUCGGAUAUAAACCGACUACUGAUUUGCAAACCGGAUUGAAGAAGUUUGUUAAAUGGUAUCUCUCGUUUUACGGCUACAAUCACGGGAAAGUUGUAAAUUAAGUGGAUUGUUCUUUUAAUCUUUUUUUUUUUUCAAUUUAAAAAAAAAAUGGGAAAAGAGAAUCUUGGGAGCUAAAAAGAUAGGGAAAAUGAUAUAAAGAAAAAAAAAAAACACAUUAUUCUUUUCUUAGAGAACAAUCCUCUUCUCCUUUCAUGUAAGUAAUGAAAAAAAAUUUGUGAAAAUAUUACAGUUUGCCAUUAAUAUUUAA